AUAUGCAAAUGAUUUCAUGCUGGCUGCGCUGCGAAUUUCGAUGAAUUUAAUUUAGCGAAUAUUUUGUUCCAUUCAGGAUUUUUCUUUUAAUAGCGAUAGACGUCGCGUCAUAAAUCAUCACUUUUGUUGGAGACCAUCGAAGCGUGGACGGGUGUCCUUGUAAGAGAUACGAAUGAAUGAAGAGAAAUAGAGAGAGAGCUAGAGAGAAUUCAAUGGAUCUUUUUUUACUUUACAAUGGGAAAGGCUUGGGUCAAAGGGCACACCGCGAUCGUUGAAUGAAUGCGGUGGUGGAAAUUCAGUUAGGAUUUGAAUGCAAAUACAAAUACUACGAGAUCAGCUGUAGCUUGCGAUCGCCUUGUCGGCUGCUAGUACUACAACGCUCUUGGUCGAUUCAAAUGUCUUUUUUUAUGGAUAUAGAUAUAGGAGCUUAAAAUGUCAGGACGACACGGGAGCGGAAGAAAAUCCAAAUCGAGGACUAGGGUUGACAAUCGAGAUCAAGAAAUAACCCGUUUGAGUCGUCAACUAGAAGGUGGUCGACCCCUUGAUGUGAUGUCAAAUGAAGCCAAGAAUCGUAGCAAUGAAAGGCUUAUAUCCCAUCUUAAUAUACAGAUUGAGUACCUUCAGCAAGCCAACCGUGAGCUUGACCGAGAGUUGAAGGACACACGCCUGGCACGCGAGUCGGCCAUUGAGGAAAACAUCGUGCUUAAAGGCCGUAAUGAUGAGCUUGCAGGAGAGCUACGUGAUGUGGACAGAUUGGCCAAACGGUUACAGGCGGAUAAGGACAGUGUGGUGGCUGUUGCUGAUAAGGAUCUGUUUGAGGCUAAAGCAGAGAUCAGAGGGUCAACAAGGGAGAUUAAAGAUCUUGAGGUGGAAGUAGAACAACUGAGACAGGAGAGGAAGAAUCUUCUUGAUGAUAUUGAUUCACUGAGGACAGAGGGUGCGGUCAAACAGCAGGAAAACAAGAGACUUCAGAAUCUAACAGAUAAGAUACAAGAAGACAAGCGAAAACUUAGCCAUCAGGUCAACAAACUCACUGCAAAUGAACGUGAAUUGGUUCUAGAGCUUGAGAGGAUGCGGAAGAAAGUGGGUGGAGUCAAAUCCAAGAAGGACGGACAUUCCACCAAGGUAGAGAAUUACAUGAAAGCCCUGGAGGAAGAGAGAGAUUACUACAAGGGGGAAGUGGAGGUAUUGAAUAGGAUUCUACGUACCAGAGAGUUACCCUCCUCUACCCCAUCAAGCAGGGAGAGGAGCCCCAAGAGGACUGGUAGUCCAGGGAAAGGAAGCAGGACUACUAGUCCUAGCCGGUCAUCUGCCAAGGAUGCAAAGAAUAAGAGUGCAACCCACUAUGAAGCAAUCAUAAGGGUACUAGAAGAUGAGAAGAACUUUUACAAGAGGGAAUAUGAAACCCUCAAGGUACUACGAGCCGCUCAGAAGGCCAGUCCAGCUAAGAAGGAUCUUACCUCAUCAUUCAGAGACAUGAGUAUUGCUGAUGAAUCUGAGUUAGUGAAUCUUAAGAGAGAGAGGGAUGAUCUUCAAUCACUCGUUGAUAAGUUUGAGAGACAUAUGUCUGAGAUUCAAACUAAUGUAAAGGUCCUCACCUCAGAAAGAGAUAAAGUCAACUUAUUAUACCAACAAGCAAAUGUUGAGUUACAGAGAUUGAGACAAGAAGUUCUCAAGACCCCCCAGUCCUCCCGAGCAUCUCUGGCAGCUCAGUCCAUUUUGAGGAGGGUUGAAAAUGAAAGGGACGAUGCCAUCGCUGAUUUACGCCGCAUGACAACAGAGAGGGAUAGCCUGAGAGAAAGACUAAAGAUAUCAACAGACACUCACCUGAGUGAUAAGGCAAGGUUAGAGCAGAGGGUAGAGGAUCUUGAACACCUUUUAUUAGGGGCGGAGCAGGAGCGUAAUAGUAGUCAGUCAAGGGUGUCAUCUAUGCAGGCUAUGAUUAAUACUCUAGAGGAACAGGUUCGUACCCAGGUCUUUAGGAUAGAAGAAGCUAAAGAGGAUGCAUCAUCAAGCAAAGCACAAGCAUCCAAACUCAGACUGAUAGCAGAUCAGACAGAGCAUUCAGUAGAAGAAUAUCAGAGACGUCUUCACAUCAAGUCAAAUGAUUUACAGAUUGCAGAGGAGAGGAUUGUAAGGCUGGAAGAACGGAUCACUGAUAUGAACGCCAACAAUGCUCUUCUGCGAGAGGAAAUAAAUGAACUCCGAGGGACAGUAUCAUCCAUUGACAGGGAGAAGGAUGCCCUCCAGAUUGCAGUGGAUGAGAAAACAGAAAGAUCCCUUGAUCUUGAGAGAGAACUAAUGGACAGAGGUCGAACUAUCGCUGACCUCAGGGCAACGGUCACUGACCUGGAGGCAAGAUUAGAACAAGCAAUAAAUGAUCUUGGAAGCAAAGAUCGUGAGAUCCGUAGCUUGCGUCGUCAGCUGGACUCUACGCGUGACGAGCUUACUGACGCCUCCAGAGGGCGGGAUGUCACCAUACGGGAAAACCGCAGACUGCAGGAAGAUCUAGCGACCAUGACCAGAGAAAACCAGACUGUUAAUCAUGAGUUAGAAAGCACAUUAGAAGAGAAGGCAUCACUCAAGACCCAAGUCCAGGAAUACAUCGCUGAAGUAGCUCGAAUUGAAGACAUGCUGGCAGGAAAGGAUCGAGAGAAUCGUGAUCUACUCGACAACUAUCGAACGGUGUCGGCGGAGGCACAACGAUGGGAGACGGAGGCUACAGAGAGGACUAGUGAGACGUCUAACAUGAGACUUGAAUUGAUGGCUAAGGAGACGGAGAUGAAGAGGCUUAGAGAGAGGGUGGAUGAGACAGAGAGAGAAAUUCAUGAGCAUCUAUCUAGCCAGCAGACAUAUGAGAUGCAGAUCUCCAAUCUAACCCGUUCCCUGUCCAACAUGGAAGGCAAUGUAAGAGAUCUACAGGAUGAGAAAGACUCUGUGGUCCAGGAUCUAGCUGCUGUAAGGGAGCUCUGUGUCAAGCUAGACUCUACCAAGGAAUCUCUCUCUAGGCAGCUCACCACAAAGAACAUUGACUUUGAACAGGCUGAAGCAAGAACAGAAGAUCUAAAGCGAGAAGUGGAGAUGUUGAGAAGCCAACUAGGCACUGAACGGACGACGGUCAGGAACCUAGAGAUGCUGAUAGCAGGAAACAGAGAAAAGGAAUUUCAGGCACAACUAGACAAUCAAGAACAAAGAUCUGAGCUACAGCUCAUCAAAGAUCGCUUAGCUCUAGCAGACAGUAAGAUACAAACUCAGUCUCGAGAGAUCCAGACGUUACGAUCAAGAUCAUCCCAACAAGAGUCUGAAUUAGAGAGGGCUCGUAGACAGUUGACUAGUGAAAGAUUUGAGAAAGAGCGGCUUGGUCAAGAGAUGCGUCGCAGCACAUCACACACCAUGUCUACCUCCAACGUCAGCGCCCCCAACGUAAGCUUCGAGAACCAGAGGACCUCCACCCUCAGAACCACAACCCUUAGCAGCUCCUCCACCUCCAGGCGUACCUCUAGCAGCCCCCAGCAGCAGGGUGGGGGACGUUCCACCACCCCUAUCAGUCAGAUCAUCUCCCCUGAACGCUCCUUGAGGAAGUCACCAGAGAGGUCCAUUCUGAAGAGCUCUUCAUAUAGAUCCAGGUCACCAGAGAGAAGAUGACAGAAGAUGACUGAGUGAAGAUGCUUCUUCCAGUUACUGACAACAUUCCAGAAGAACAUAAUCUUUGCUACUUUUAGUUGUUGGGCCAAUUUUUACCACUACCAUCUUGCCAUUCAAACCUUAAUGCCAGUGACGUUUCAAGUAUUUCUCAUAAAUAUCACAUGAAAUUUUAGGUGCUCUUGGCACAAUGUAAAUUUUUAAUAUUGUGUAAAAUUAAAUUGUAUUUAAUUUAUUGAUUUUGAUAGGAGUGAUGGUUAUGAGCUAUCAAACAACUACCGUAGUUCUGUGAUUUAUAGUUUUGAAUUAAUGUUGCAAAAUACUAGUAGGUAUUAUUCUAUGAAUUUAGUUUCCAUUGGACAUCUAUUUUUCAAUAUGAGAUUUGGCAUGCACUUUUAGAAUUGUUCAGUGUAAUGAAUUAUUGAAUAUUGCAAUGGAUGUAUUUUAGAUGAUACCUUAGUGUCUUAGUAAUGGGACUUUAAUUAUUCAAAGCACAAAGUGUUCAAUGUACAUGCAGCAUUUUGUAGCAAGCUGUCCUUAAUGAUCAAACCAUACAAAAAUCAUACUCAAACAACAGUUGUAAUGUUGUGUAUAAAGUCAAAGGCAAUCACAUUACAUCUGUCUUCUUUCAUACCUUUGAUUUCUUGUACAUCUUAUGACAUAAAUCUACUAAUGAAAAAUUAUAUAAUUGCAUUAAUUUGGUAUUAUUUUCUAAUAUUGGGGUAAUAACUGGGGGAAUGUCAUAAAUCUAUGUGUAUAAUACACACUCCUGGUUUAUUAACUGAUGACCCUCAUCAAAGGAAAUAAUGUCCCUGUUCUAAUGUAAAAGGAAGUGUAUUUCUUAUAACCCUUAUCAAAAUUUGUAAAAUAUUGAAUUUUCUAUUUAGAUAUUUUUUGGAAAUGAAAAUUUUUAUCUAUGAAAAUGAGAUUUCAAUUACAGGCAGUUGGAAUACAAAUGAGGGACAAUCUGAACACAACUAAAAAAUAAUCAUAAGUCAUGUUUGAUGUUGAGUGUACCUUACAAUCAGCAUUAUGAAACACCAAUAUGAACACCUUUAUGAUUUACCACCAACAUGUAAUAUUUGGGGGAUAGUAGGAAAGAAUGAACGUGGAGGCUGUUAUACAGGGUAUUUAUUGAUAUUUCUAUUGACCAUGUUCACCUUGUCAGUGUGUGCCUCUUAUUCUUUUUAUGGAGUAAGUAUCAUGGCACAGUUUCAUUUAUGUUGAAAUUGUCUGACAAUUUCAGUGAAAUUCUUAGAUUCACUGAGAUGCACUAGUCUGUUGGUGUUAACCAGUUUUUUAAGGCAACAAUUGCAAAUGGCUUUUAUGGCUUUCUUCCCACAUACUGUCAAAAUUUUGAAUCACCUACCAGGACCUGUUGUAAUAGGAACAAACCCAGCUGUAUUUAGAGAGGCUGCACUGCCAUUCAUCCGCGCGAUGCAGCCUCCUGUUGGGUCUCUUAUGCUGAAAACCUAGAGGCAGUUUUUACUUGCACGGUGCACAUUCACUUUUAAUGUAUAUAAGUGAAAUUUCAAAUUACUUUACCAUGGCACCUCGCACUGAUACACAGAAUGUUUUCAUCCCGGGAUAGCUUGGAAGCUGCUGAAAGGGAUUACUUUUCAAGGUUCCAGCGAAACAGUUUUUUAUAUAAAUAUGCUAUGAGUGGGCAAGCUCAUGAUGAUGUAAUAUCCCCAACUAUCAUUCUUAUUUCACUAUUCCAAUUUUUCUGCUUCAAGAAAAUAAAAACAGGAUUGAGUCCUCUUUUACUGUGUAAGAUCAUCACUGCUAAGACCUAAAAAUGCCGUUUCUUUUUAAAAAAUUGAAAGUGACAGUAUUUUUCUCUAUUUUCUGUUUUUAUAUCAAUCAAUAUACCAUUAGGGUGAACUUCCCCUGUAAACUCACACUAUAAAAUCAAAUUUCUUCCGUCCUCUGUAUUAAAUUCAACCUAUUCCGAAUAGAAAUUAAAUGUAUGCACGUUAUUCUUCAGCGUGCUAUUUAAAUGCCAAGUCUACACGAUUAGUGUGUUGCAUAAGAGAAGCCUGCAUUAUGGCAUCAAAAUAUCAGGGCUUCUUGAAUAAUGUUCCUCCUUCUGUUUAUCUCCAAAUUGAUGAUUUAUUGAAUCCAUUUUCAAUUUGUUGGGGCUCUUUUACAACCGAAGGGGGCUAGGUUUUAAAAAAAGUUUUGUGCCAGAUUCGUCCACUCGGUAGCCUCAUACCCCCCUUAGUUUGUGAGACACUUUUUAUUCAUGAAUUGAAUGUGUGCCUCGUAAGAACUAAACUCAUUUUAAUCACUCUACUUUGUCUUGUCAGGGCCGUGUUGCAUACAUGAUUAUGGUAUUGCCAUUCAGUGGUAACUUGCAUGGAAUUCUUGGCUUUGAUUGGCUAUUGAGCAGUUACCAUUGAAAGACAAAGUGACCAUAAUAAUGAUUUUUAUGCGAAAGGGCCCUGGGGGGUGUUUCACAAAGAUUUAAGUAUGAGUUACUAGAGUCGCACUUAAAUGCCUAGUUGCUUGCGUUAUAAAAGGCAUAACCGCAUCGGUCAGAUCAUGCGAAGAGGACGUGCACUACUGCGUAUUGAGCAAUUAGAUUGCGCAUUGCAUUUGAGAUACACGUUGGCAUUUAAGUGCGAUUUAAAUCAUACUUAAAUCUUUUUGAAACUCCCCCAGGACCAUUUAUAUUUAGAUUUAUCCUUUUCAAUUUUUAUGGGUUGUAAAUAUCAGAAUCAUACAAUGUAAACAGAUUGUAUAUAUGUAUGUGUAUGAAUUUGUACAUAAGUUUUUUUAAUGCCAGUGUACACUGUACAAGAGUAUUGUAUGGUAUCUUCAUCAAUAAAUUGCAGUGAAUUUUA